AUGGGCCGCCUGAUCCGUCCAAAUGGCAGGUAUGCUGCCACUGCAAGAGAGUACAACCCAGUUGCUCCCGCUGCACCUCACUUGGCCUGGUGUGCCAGUAUGGUCGAGCGCGAAAGCGACCAGGCCCUGCAAAAGGCGCUGUUACCUCAAGAACUAAGGUUCUCCUCAGUAGAAUCGGUACACUAUACCUCCUUCCGGCUUCUUGUUCUUGAACACUGA